UUGUUGCAACGCAACGCCUGACCUUGACAUGCCGUCACGCAAAGCGAUAUAUUUGGGAAUCCUUUUUCUGUUGCUGGUGCAUUUGGCGGCCAUAGAAGCGCAAGAGGGUGAAGAAACAAAAGCGGGAGAAGAAGCUGCAACAGAGGCACCAGCGGGAGAUGCGGCUAAGACAGAGGCAACAGCGGGUGAAGGAGUUACAGGAGAGACUACAGCAGGAGAAGGCGCCCCAGGGCAGACUACAGGAGGAGAAGGAGCUCCAGGGGAGACUGCGGCAAGUGAACUACUUCCAGGGGAGACUACGGCCGGAGCUCCAGGUGAGACAACCGCAGCAGAUGGCGCACCUGGAGAUACUACAACAGGAGCUGCAAGUGAGACUACAGCCGGAGAUGGUGUUCCAGGUGAGACUUCAGCAGGAGGAGAUGGAGCUCCAGGUGAGAUUACCGCAGGGGCAGAGACAACCGCUGCAGAUGGAGCGACGACAGAGAAGCCUGCAGCUGGUGGCGCUCCAGACGAGUCGACGAGAACUUCGAAGGAGAAGCCUGCAGAAGAAGUAAGUCCCACAGAGAAGCCUGCUGAGGGAGCCAAGCCUACGGGAUCCGCCGGAGAAGUCGGAAAUGUCCCAGCACUUGGCGCCGAGCAGGAAGAUGCAGGCAAUCAGACAUCCACUGACAGUUCCGAGGCAGCUCCUGACAGUUUCAAAAGCGCCGGAGAAGAUGAAAAAGACACCAAGGAAGAGAAUGGAGAGAAGGGAGAAGACGACACCACGGACAAAGAUUAUUUAUCUAAUGGGAAUGGUACGCCGACGACCUUGUACGAUGAACAGACUCCAGGCACGAAUCCCACUUCGCCACCCGAUCCCACCACCACCACUGGCAUCAUGGAUCUGAUGACCUACAUGCCAGAGGACAAUGCCGGCGAUCCGUUUGUGAGUCCUGGGGCCUCCCACAGGCCCGGCUCACGGCACGUGAAGGCGCACGAUGGCUUCCACAGUCUGACGACGGAGCAGUAUUGGGCGCACUGGAACGAUCGUUUCACCACCAAGUAAUCAAGGAACGGCCAUCACUGGAGAGACUAGCUGCAGUGAAUGGGAAUGGGCGAUGACUGGUGGCGAUGGAUGGUGGCUGACAAAUUAAAUUAAACACAAAUAAAGUAACGAAGUAGUCGAAA